GGCUAUGGCGGACAGGUGUAGGUGAAGGAGGGGGGGCGGAGGUUGAAGGUGCAUGGCUAUGGUGGACAAGCUCAACGCGCAGACAAUCAGGAACGCCGGCCCUCUCCCACACAUCGAUGACCUUCUCGAGCGAUUGGGCGGCGCCAAGUUUUUCUCCAAGCUCGAUCUCAAGUUGGGAUAUCACCAACUCGAGAUUCGCAAGGAGGACCGUUACAAGACUGCGUUUAAGACGCGAUAUGGGCAUUUCGAAUGGCUGGUUAUGCCAUUUGGCCUUACGAAUGCCCCGGCCACUUUCCAAGCGGCUAUAACAACGGAGUUCCGACACAUGCUGGAUCGAUACGUACUUAUCUACCUCGACGACAUCCUGGUGUACAGCCAGAGUUUGGAGGAGCAUGUGGAACACCUGCGCACCGUUUUGGAGCGGCUACGACAAACCAAAUACAAAGCCAACCACGACAAGUGUGAAUUCGAGCGGCAGGAGCUGGAGUACUUGGGCCAUUAUGUGACGCCGCAAGACAUCCAUCCGCUCACGGACAAGAUCGAGGCCCUACGAGUAUGGCCCGAGCCCACCAACACCACGGGCGUUCUUUCAUUCAUGGGAUUGGCGGGGUACAGGAUUGCUGCACCUAUGACGAGGUUACAAUCGGCAAAGGUGCCAUUCGUAUUCGAUGACGACGCACGCCGGUCAUUCCAAACACUUAAGAUGGCUAUGCUCAUGGCACCCGUCCUUAGCAUCUAUGACCCCACACUGCCUAUGAGAGUGACUACGGACGCUUCCGGCUACGGCAUUGGGGCAGUCUUGGAACAACACGACCGCGACGACUGGCACCCUGUGGAGUAUUUCAGCCACAAAGUGUCUCCCAUCAACUCACUUGAUGAUGCAAGGAAGAAGGAGCUACUCGCGUUCGUCAUGGCUCUCAAGCGAUGGUGACACUUCCUCCUUGGCCGUCGUAGGUUCACAUGGGUCCCAGACAACAAUCCAUUGACCUACUACAAGACACAGGAUACG